AUGCCCGUUCUUGUAUCGAUAAUCAUUAGACUGAUGUUGGAUAAACAAAGUUUACCGCCAGUUGGUAUUUUGGCGACUAUCAUUCUUCAUAUGGUGAAAACAGAGAUUGGGAUAUAUCUUGCAUCAAAUAUCUUGGUUAAGAUUUGUGAUUUUUGUCAACGUGUCACUGCAAGUAAAUCCCCUAGCGCUAACAUGAUAAAACCUGAUACAAUGAUCUUUAACCUUGUUCUUGAUGCUUGUGUGAGGUUUGGAUCAUCUUUCACGGGCCAACAAAUUAUGGAGUUGAUGCCACAAGUUGGGGUUGUAGCUGAUGCACACAUUAUUGUUAUUAUUGCCCGGAUCCAUGAGAUGAAUGGUCAAAGGGAGGAGUUAAACAAAUUUAAGAAUCAUAUUGUUCAUGUUCCAAUAUCUUUGGUGCCUCAUUAUCAGCAGUUUUAUGAGAGUUUACUGGUCUUGCAUUUUAAAUUUGAUGAUAUUGAUGCUGCUUCUGCACUUAUUUUGGAUAUUUAUAAAUUUUGGGAGUCUCUUCCUUCUAAACAAGAUAAAAUGAACUUGGUUGAAACUACAGAUUUUAUCUCUACAGAUGCAGAAGGAUCCUAUUCUCAAAGUGGAAACAACAAAUCAUUGGCCAAGCUCAUCAUAAGAUACAAGAAAUGUGGGAGGAUCAAAGAGUUCUCAGAGCUUUUAAGUAGCAUUCAAAACAAGUUAGGUUCAUUGGGAGAAGCCAGUUUGUUCUCUGAUGUGGUUGACGCUUGCAUUCAUCUGGGGUGGCUGGAGAAUGCUCACGACAUAUUAGAAGACUUGGAAUCGACAGGGACUCCUCUGGCCUUUGGUUCGUAUUCUUCACUGCUCACAGCUUAUUACGGGGUAAAGAUGUUUAAGGAAACAAAGGUAUUGCUAAAACAAAUCCGGAAGGUUAGUUUCCUUAUGAAAAUGUCUAAUAAGGUGGUUGUCUCAACACAUCUUUCAAAGGUAGAAGAUGAAAGCAACUCAUAUUCAAAAGCAGCGACUGCAAUUGGCAAAUCAGAUUUGGCAGAAUCUAUCAUCCGAGAAAUGAGAGAAGAAGAGAAAGCAGUUCCUUCUAUGGUUUAUGAGUUGAAUUCUUCAAACUUCUUCUUCAUGAAGGCCAAAAUGAUUAGAGAUGCCUUAAAGACAUAUUGA